AUGGAACAACACCGAUACACACCUCAUGACUAUGCGACAUCAAAUGUGUUGGCAUGGACCACGACAAACUCCGCCAAUGUGGAGCCAUCAGUGGAAGAAGAUGCGGGCGCUGAUACGGACGAGCCACCGGAUUGUCCGCCGCCAAUGUCCCCCGUAUCAAAUCACUUCAAGCGAACUGCCAUCCGCCGAGGCAGCGAGCAGCACGAAUCCCUCCUGACCAAGGCUUUCCAAAGCCAUUCAGAUGAGGAAUCUCACGAAGCGACGUCUCUUGCUAGAAGGCGGAGACGCUCCAUCACCAGCAACUUCAGCAUCGCCUCGACUGCUGAGCUGACCUGCGAUACCGGGCUUACCACGCCUGCGCGCACCAGCUCACCCAGCCCUCGCUUCUCCAGCAUCGGCUUCGUUCCCCUCAUGGGCAAGACGCCCGUGCCGGUUGUGCGCGCUGAGCGGGAUAGCGACGCCGCUGUACAGGCCUUGGCCAAGAAGAGAUGCAUCUCUUUUGCCUGCGCGGCGAAGCCCAAGACCGAUGACAAGGUCUCGAUGCCACCACCUCCCAAACCCACAGAUAAUGGGACGAAGUCGCAAGCGGCACCGAAGAAAACCACCAUCAAGUUCGCCUGCCCCGCUGCGCCCCCCAAGACGGCGAGCACACAGACUCGCCCGAUGACUCCUGUUCCCAGAGAUGUUCGUGUUCAGAAGCCACGGACUCCCUCGACGGUUCGGGCACGGCCCUCGACACCCCGCAGAACUUCCAACAGCCCCAUUGCCAUUCAGAGCAAGAAGUGGAUUGCUGCUAAUGCCAAUGACCUUGACAGCGAGAAUGCUCACUUUCACGAGUUCGCCAGUGAAACUCCCCAAGAAGAUGACUGGAUCAGGCAUGAUGAUGUCCACAAGCCCAAGCUGACCAUCCAGGAUACGCUUCAAAAGGAGAUGGAGAUCCGGAAGCUCGGCAAGGAAGCUGAAGAGGAGGCGGAGGCUGAGGAGGAAGAGCUCGAUGAAGAAGUGGAUGAGGACGAAGAUGGCGAGGAAGAUGAGGAUGACGAUGAGUCUCCGAAUGGCGAUGAUGGGGACGACGAUGAUCUGGACGACGAGGCUGACGAGGAAGAGGUUGAAGAGGAAGAGGAAGACGACGUCCAUGUUGGAUACAACUGGGAUGACGAGGCUUCUGACGGCUACAAAACCGACAACGAAAUUGGUUUUGCCGAGUCCGACGAUGAAGAUGAUGGGUUACUUCUCUGGACCACCCGCGUUGGUCACCAUCAGACUCUGUCUGGGGCUGUUUUGUCGGCUGCUCGGAGACUGUCUGUCGGCGAGAGUUCUGAUUCCUCUGCCGGUGAAGGCAAGUCGAGCCUUGUUCGCAAGAAGACAAAGCGCUCCAGAUCCCGCCCCGCACCCUUCCGCCCUGCCACUCCUGAGCUUCCCGACAGCACCGAUUUUGUCUGCGGUACUUUGGAUGAGGACAGGCCGCUGGAGGAUGCCUACAUCUCUUGCGUGGAGGCGCGGAAGCGCGACAAGGUGCCAGUCAUUCCUCAGGACAUCGAUCCCAGUUUCCCCACCUCGGACAUCGAAGACGAACCCGAAGAGCCCUAUGGCAAGGGUUUUGGAGAGAGCGACGAGCAUGGCUGGCUUCACGGCGAGUUCGAGGACCUGCACCACGAGCGUGACCGUCGCGGACGCAAGAGCGGCAAGGGCCCAUCUCCCAAGCGAUUCCGCUCGCCCCCUCCCAAGCGCCGUCUUUCUCCCGCCCCUAAGAUGCGCGGCCGUUCUCCCCUCAAGCCCACUGAGCGCGCUUCCCCUCGCAGGUUCAAGUCACCGGCCCCGAUUUCCAUGGCGUACAGGUCUUCUGCCUCGUCCUCACCUGGUCAGGACAGCGAUCACGUUGCUUUCAAGGCACUUGCAUUCCGCCCUGGUCUCGGCCUCCCCCACACCAAGUCCCUUCCCAAGGCACCGGGCAUGUUUCUGAAGCAGAAGGCCCGCAAGGCCAAAGUUGCCGCCGAGGAGAAGGACUCGACCCAUGUCCGCGGUGCCAUUGACAUCGUCAAGGGUCUCGAACAGAAGAGACAGCGCCGCAAGGAAAAGUACUACCAAAAGUACUGCAGCCGCGCGCGCAAGGAAAAGGCGAAGGAGAAGGCUCACCCGAAACGCACGAUCCCCGGCGAGGGAGCAGAGCGUAUGAGGGAGCUUGGUCUCACGAUGGCAGGCAAGAAUCCCGGUCAUUAUGUUCUUUCCAUCUAA